AUGGAAGAAUUCUGGGAGAUGGAAGAUGAUCUGCGUGAUGAAGAGAAAAGGAAGAUGGUGGUAAGCGAAAAUCACAAAUGAAUCGUAUCGCACAUUACAGUCUUAAUAUUCCCUAAUAUUACUGGUCUUAUCUUAACUUAUUCUAUCUUUAUAGGUGUGUAGAAUUUCGAAGAUAGGUGGAUCUAGUGUAAAAGACAAUGUCCGCAACGUGAUGAGCAGGUAGUUGCAGUUUCACCAGUGUAGAGUAUAGUAAAUGUUGUAUCUAUCAACUUUGAAACAAACCGGUAUACUUUCAUAACCAAUAUGAAACUAUACGCCAUGAACUGGGAACGAUAAAUUACUUCUAGUCUGCAAACGUCGGAUAAAAAGAUUAGGGUCGCCUCGGUGAUUUCAGUAGCGAAUAUAUUAUCUAUGAUCGCAAGACAAAGUUACUUUAGGAUCACUAUUCUGUGUCUCAGUGCUUAUUAAUUAAUUAUUUUUCUGCAUGUAUUUUUACGAAUUUUCUCAUGUUUUAGAUUAAUGAACAACGAACUGAUGUCCACCCUAAAUAUGGAUGGGCAUGGUGACAAAAUAGCCUUGAGGCCGACUGCUCUGUUCCAAAUCAUCACAGGUUAGAAAAUGUAAUUUAUGUAUCAAUUUGCGCAUUUCGUGAAAAUAUAUUACCCAUAUAUGUUAAUUAAUGUUUUAUACCGUGAUCAAUAAUUUUCCGAUCCUGGGGCUGGUUGAAUGAACUUCGAAAACUCCACUAUACAUGUGACUGUUUCUUGGUACAUGUCGAGACAGUUAAGCAAAACAAACAGAUGUAAAGUAGUCUUUGCGCCUAAAUAACUUCUCACAUGGUCGUUUUCUUUUAUUCACUGGACGUAAGAAAAUACAAUUAUCAAUUUUAGUUCUUAAUCUAUCUGUUGUAUCUUCUUAGAGAGCGUUGUGAACAAUUUCAAAUCCAGCGAAAGCGAAGUUGCCGACUGCAUAAAGAGAUACCUGAAGUAUGCUCCCGAUAGGAAAGGCGGUGAGAGACAAGGAAAACAAAAGGCAAAAUGUAUGUAAAUGUACAUGAACUAUAUAUAUUAUGUUGAUACUGUUGUUGCAAUGUAAAUGUUGAUAAAAUAUUGCAUCGAGUCAAUAUUUAGAGCUGAUCAAUUCAUUCGUUGAAAAAUUGAUCUUCCUAUGUGUGUGGAUCAACCUAAUGGCUUUUCAAUGUUAGGUUUUGUUGCAAUAUUUUAUCAACACUUCUACUGCAACGACAGUAAAAUUUCUUGUGUGUAUCAAUGUAUAUAUUAAACGAAUAAAUAUUUUUUUAAAAAAUGUCCAGCGAGUGUUCUUUUGUUAGGGAAUGCUGAAGCCAAAACGUGUUGGGUUUGGGGUCAAAUUGACGUAGAAACAUGCAUGUUGAAACGAUGUCAUAUUACUGCAACGUCGAUUCAAUUUGCAUUUUCGGCUGCUUUUAAACUGCGUACCUGAGGUUUAUUUUUAUGAUUUUCAUUGCGAAGGGGAGAGGAAAAAUAAACUUCUGGUUGAAAGCGGCAAUUGAUUCAUCGAGCCGCGCCAAUCAGUUUGAAUUAGGGUCAGAUCCCGACUCUGUUUCCUGAUUGGUUGAUUGUAUUAAAGCUUUCCAAUUGAUUUAAAACGAACAUCUAUAACCAAUUAGAGUGCUUUAGUUAAUUAAUACAAUCAUCCAAUAAAGUAAUUAGUUCCAGUCUAGUACCCAGGAAACAAAGAAAUACGCUUCGAUACGAUUGAAGUGGAAAACAGGCUUAAAACAUCGAUUUGAUGUUGAAAAUGCAACCUGGAAACGACGUGGAUAUCUAGACGUUAAAACGACGUCGAUUUCUAGACGUUAAAAGGACGUCGAUAUCUAGACGUUGAAGCGACGUCGAUUUCUAGACGUUAAAGCAACGUCAAUUUCUAGACGUAACGACGUCGAUUUCUAGACAUUGAAACGACGUCGAUCUCUCAACGUCGAUUCCGUUUGCGUUUUCAACGCUUUUUCGACGUCGAUCCGACGUCAUCCCCUGACGUUGUUUCAACGUUGUUUCGACGUCGCUUUGCCGGCUGGGUGACAUCUUUUAAAUUAAACACAAAACAUGAAUUAUGUAGUUUUUAAACUUCAUAGUUAUAGCCUAGCGUAACAUAGUGUAUUGGAACAUUCAAAGAUUGUAAAUAAUUUAUAAUUUUUUCUAUUCUCUAUCUAACAUUGUAAAUUAGCUCUGAAAAGCCCAUGGCCAGAAAUUCCAGACAUUCGAACUGCGCAUGUGCAAAGUUUGCUCUUCAAAAUGGCAACUUGUUGCUUAUGUUUUAUGUAUGAGAAAAUCAGUUAUUAAUGAAUAAAACAUUUUCCUUGUUCUGCUAGGCAGAAUCUGUCAUACCCUUAAUAUCCAAUUAUUCGAGCAAACUAUAUGAACAACACAAGUGGUCAACAGAAGUAACACUCAGUCUGCUUUCCGCAAAAAAUAUAAGAAUAUUAUCGUAGUAAUUUCUUACCAAAAUGUCUGAUACUUCUGUGGAACCAAAUGUUAAAGCCGUACAUACUCCUCACUGUUUCAAAAUCCAUCAAAUUCUGUCUUAGUUAUAGGUGAUUGAAUAAUUUUGUCGAAGACUCUGCCAUCUUGAUUCUUUAUACAUAAAGCAAAGCAGUCUGCUUUUUUUUAUUUAAACAGCUAAACCAGCAUCUAACGUGAAUAGUCUCAGCGGACGACAUGCCAGCUUUCCUUCCGUUGUCAGAGUUACAUUUAUGCUCAUAAUUCUCGUAAUAUUGGGCCGAUUACAUUCAAAUAAACGUGAAAAUACUCCUGAAACCUUCGCCUUUCAUUCUCCGCAGUCUGUUGCUAAGAUACGCAUAAAGUCGCCACGCUAUUGGCCACCGAUUGCCUACGGUCUGCUACGAGCUUAACCCGACAUCAGUGUUAUAUUCAUUCAAAAUGUCAGCGGGAAAUAUAGACCUUCGAAUUCGAGAAAUCAUCAAAUGGAAAUAAUUUAAGGACCGUGUUCGCGUAGAUACGAACCAUUGUUUAACACAUGCAAAUAAGCAAUGUGCCUUAGACAAAGAAAUCGUUCUCACGAUACACAUGCCGCACGAGAGCCUACGGAAAUGGGGUGAUUUCAGAAAGCAAAUUUCACAGCUCAUGUCAUCUGGUACUACAUGUAGCUAUAUUCAAUUACUGAAUACAUUCCUGUACACGCAUUGUGGCUACAGAGUGAAAGAAAAGUGUCAACGUGUAGAGAAACGUUUAGAGAAAGCGUGUAGCGAGAUCAGGCAGAAAUUUGUUGGGAAAAGAGUGGGGCAGUAUACAGAAAGCUCUGCCAGAAAGACCUAAAUCUAGCCCUGAGGUUAAAUGAGUUGGUGACAGUUGGUGAGGUAGACUCUGCCUUGGCCACAGAAAAACUCAAGUGUGCAAAGAUUGAAAUGGUAAACAAAGAGCUCGACAAGUCUUUAUCGGAUGCAAAAGUGGCUGAUCAAGCUAAAACUGAGGAACUUUGCAAUGCCUGGAAGGAAGUUGAGGAAUUAACUCUUGAGAACAAAAGCCUUAAGGACAAUGUUGAGAAACUUGGCCGGGAUCUCAAUUUCAAUAAUGGAGGAAAGAAGAUCACAGAUGUAUCAGAACGGCAGCAAAGGCGAAAACUGUCGGAGUUGAAAACUCACACUGAGAAAGCAUUGUGGUUCUCGAAAACUUUCGGAUUAGACAUUCAAGAUGUCAGCUUUGUUGACGAGAAUGGCAAACAACACACCUUCUCAUACCAGUCAAAGGAGAAAAGAGGAUACAAGGAUCUUUCUGAGGAAGAGAAACAAAAAGUGAAGAAUAUUCUUUUCAUUCUCGACAAAUUUUGCAUAGGAGAUGCCUCAUAUCAUGAGUUGACAAUGUUGUAUGAUGGGUUGCCAAGAUCAUACUUGAUCAAACAAUGCAAAGAUGAAAUCAAUAAGUUGAGCCAUAUUGUCCGUACGCCAGGCACAGCACCUGGGGCACAACUUGAUUUCAUGUCUGAAUUGAAAUCAGUUGUCGAAGGCAUGGUAAGUUGACAUCUGUUUAAUCUAUUGAGCCGCAAUACGCCCCAGUGAGCCCUACUUGUUUUUUGCUUGUCUAACGCCGAACAAUUUUACUUGUCAAGGGGGAAGCUCUGCAGCUUAGUAAUGGAUUAAAAUUACAUGUAUGACAAAAAAGUCUUGGUCAGUAUUUCCAACACUUUCAUUGAUAAAACAAUAUAACAUGAAAAUGUUGCAUUUGUUUUUUAUACCCCAAAAUGUAGCAUGUUUAUCUGAGGGAUAUUGAUUCCAUAAUACCGGACAACGGCAUCUAUUAAUUAACUAACUAGUGGAGAACACUUUGCCAAAUAUUUCGUUUGUGUAAGGGGCAACCAUAUGCCUGUUCACUGAUUAGGUCGUGUUUAUGAUUAAGACUACAAAGUUACAGUAAUCAAAUAUAUUUUUAUAAUAUUUUUAGAUACACCAGGGUACCAUUGACAUUUCCGAUCCAACAUUUAAAUUGGACAUUAAAUUAUCCGGGGAUGGUGCAAAGAUGUCACGAUUAACAAAUUUUGUUGUUAUUUCUUUCUCCAUAUUGAACAACAAAAAAGAUGUUAUGUCAUCAAAAGGUACGACUGUGUAUAUGCCAUAAUGACGAUUGUGCAAUAAUAACAAAAAGUUUAACCAUUAUCAUGCAUGACUCUUUCCUUGCCAAGAUGAUGGGGGUAAAAUCAUCUGUCAUAAGGUCAUGAGUAGUCUAAAUGCUAAAGAAGAGCACAUGGGGCAUUGUGUGGUAAAGGGUUUUAAGGAGCCAUUAGGUUUAUAAUACUUUUAUUUUAGAUCUAAUAUUUUUUAUUACUUUUAUUUGUUAAUAAAUAGGUAACCACACACUUGCUAUCAUUAAACGCCACGAGUCAUACGAUUUGCUCAAAAGUUCUUGCUCUACUAUAUUUGAGCAAGUCAACAAAUUGGUUGAAAGCAAGAGAAUUGAAGUCAAUGGCAGCAGUAUUCCAGUGGAAGUUUAUCUUGGAGGAGAUUACAAGGUACACUGUCACACAUAAAUAAUGUAUUAUUAUGAAUAUUACAUAGAUCACAUAAGUCCAUUUAUCAGUAAUUCAGUUGGUACAGUGUAGUGCAUUGCAAUAUUAUUGCAGAGCUAUUAUUUUGGGAACAUUAAAAAAUCACCAUUUCAGACCUCUCAACUCUCACGCAAUUCGCUUCACUCUCACGCUACGUUUAGUAAAUCUCACGCAUAUAGCAGUUUCAUAGUAUUUUUUCAAUAAAUAAAUAUAAUAUUGUAUUCUUAAAUGCACAUUAUUAAUCAUACAGAUCGCGAAUCGAAUAUAUAAUCGCGUGUACUUGUUCCUGCAUAUACAGCCCUUAUACAGCCCGACAAUUUGGAUACAAAAUAGUAUGCAUAUGUAAAUACGGCGGACAAAAGGCAGAGUCAGUCGGAGCAGAAUUCUAUAUGUAAAUUAUCAAAGGCAAAUUUAAGCUCAUUACUGUAUGUCACAGAAAUACAGUUAUUGUAACUAAAGUGCCUUGUCUUAAAGGAAAUUAUGAAGCAAUGUAUUUCAUUAAAAACUCUCAUUAUUAAUGUACGAAAUGCCAUUUCAGGACCCCCGGACUUUUACAAAGGGUGUCAUCCACAUCUCCAAUCUCACUCUUAACUUCUCUGCAAAGUUGAGAGGUCUGCCAUUUGUUUCCAUUUUUCUUAGUUUUUGCUUCUUAUGAUGGGGAUGAAGUGUGCAACAUCUGACCAUGCUUGUAUAUGGUGCAAGAUUCAUAAGAAAGACAGGUAUCUUAAGUUUGUUAAAUAAAUAUUAUUAAAGUAUCUGGCCUGAAAUUAAUUUUAACAGCAAGACAGCAAGGUUUUUUUGUGGGGGGGGGGGCAAUUCCUGUGUAGAACUGCCUUUGUUAGCCUCCAGCACAGGCAUCUCCCUACUGGUUCCCUGUGUGUGAUGAACAAAACACUGGGCAACCACACAGAAAUGCCUGCAGAGGAGUCUAUGCUGUUAAAACAAUUGGUCAAAGGAUUUCAUUUUAUUUAGAUAUUUCGGCUUUCUAGGAAAACAAACAAUAUACCAUGUGCCUUGAGCGCCUGCCAUCAUUUGUGGGUUUUGGUGAGAUUAUCUUGUAACCUCUUAAAACUUUUAGAUGUGAUGUAUCAAAGCACCAAAAUUUUUAUUGGGAGAACCUGACAAGGACCACUAAGGAUAUUAUCGAAUGUUCAAUGAAGAACAUUUUUUCAUGCGCAUUCAAGCCUCUGGUAAACAUUCCUCUCUGCAAUGUUGUGCUGGACGAGCUUCAUCUGAUGCUGCGUGUUACAGGUAAGGAACUGUUUAAGUAGCAGUGUCACCAUUUGUGCAUCUUUUCUGAGGCGCUUAUAGUUUGCCAUAGUUUUGGGCCAAGAAGGGUCAUUAUCACUAAUGCAACUGUGAAUCUCUCUUGUGCACACAAACUUGAAAAAAUGAGGGUUUCUAAUCUUGCAGGCUAUUUACACGUGACAAUCUAGCACGUUCAAAAUUUCAAGUAUCGCAGGCACAUGGUCAAGUGGAUCACCCACUGAUCAAACAAAUAAUUUAUGAUUGGUAAUUUUUAUUUGCUCUUAUAGACAAACUGACCAAAAACCUAGUGAUAAAUGCCGUAGAGAUGGACAGAAAAGCGAAUUUAAAUAAACGACCAAUGGACAGGUCAAAUCAGAAUUUGGAUGCCCUCAUCAAGACCGUUCAAAGUUGUGGUGUCUCAUUUGAUGUAUGGGAGAAAGUUGAAGAGGGCGGUCGAGGUGGCCUCUAUGACUUCACAAGCCUUAUGGGGUCAGACAAGCGUCUGCUCCUUAAGGAGUUGCCAAGCAAGCUGUCUAGCAUACUUCCAGAUAGUACAAGUGGGACAAUUGUUAGACUCUGGCAGGUAGUGAUUAGGACAAUCACAUUGGCAAUGUUUUGCUAUGUAUAUAUUAAUAAUAUAUGUUUUGAUUAAAAUAUAUUCGACAUGAUCUAUUUUUUUAGGAAUUUAAUGAAAUUUGUCAACUUUUGGGUGUUGUGUCCCCAACAGAAGAACAAAUAACGAAUUACUUUGACAAGGUAAGUUUUGCUUAAAACUGAAAAAAAUAAUUAAUUCAAUACUGCAGCAAUAAAAAGUACCAUACAAUAUUUAUCAUUUUAGGCUGUGAAUUGGGUGAAGUUAUUCCUCUCGCUCAAUGGCAAGAACUUGGGGUACGAGCCAGCAAGGAUCACUCCAUAUAUGCAUGCCAUGGUUUACCAUGUACCACGUUUCAUGCAAAUGCAUCAUGGAGUAAAGAAAUUUACUGGCCACGGUAUUGUACUUUAUUGUUGAAACUUGUGUAUAUUAUGCAUUCAAUCAUUUUACAUUAAGUGUUUUUAUUAUUUUGCUAUCAUAGGAGUCGAAAAACUUAAUGACGAUUGCAGAAGAGUCCAUUUGCAAAGGUCCAACAAAUGGGAUGCCCCCACAGAUGUUCUUCUUGUUGGAAAACGGGUCGAGCACUUGUCCAACUGUGAACGUAUAACGAGGCCCUACUUGAAAAGGAACAAGAACUACUGGGAAAGUGCGAUAAAGGAAAGCCGUUCAAAGCGAAUUCGUGUGUCCGCACAAAUUAAUGAGGAAACAGAGGUUGACAUAAACUCAUUGACAGCAAAUGAAAUCAAACACAAACUUAAAGAUUUAGGUGUCUUGACAAAACUAAGGAGCUUGGAGAAAUUGAAAAAGCUCUUUAGAGAGAGCUUAACAAAUAAGGAAAACAACAACAUUUAG